UCAUUUUGUCUGGCCGUUAAAUAUUGAGAGCAUUGGAUUUUGUUGAAUCGGUCGAGAGUACGGUGGAUUUGUUGUACUGUCGGUAAACAUAUAUUCGUUAAGACAUGUCUUUUGGACGGCACAAGAUAUCUGGCAAACGUUAUCUCAACGUAAGCGAUAGUUCGUCAGACGAAGAAUAUCGUAGCCGUAAGAGCAGCUUCGGACACUCAGAUGAAAGUUUUGAAAACCAUUCUCAGAUAUUAAAAAAGGCGGACACAUCAACGAGCUCAUUGGACGUAAGGGUUUCCAGAAGAGGUAGAAGUACUUCAAAAAGACCGUGUAUGAACAAAAAUGCUCGAGCAGCGAGGGAGAACAGAAUACGUAAGAAAAAACAUCUCGAACAGGUAGAAAACAAGCUGUCGUUUUAUCAGCAAAAAAAUAAGAGUCUGGUAAACGUUAUUCAGAAGCAAGAUAUUGAUAUUAAGAAGUUGCAAGGCGAGGUAACUUACCUCAGGUGUAUCCUGAAAAAUGAUACAAACAUUACAGCGCUUUUGCAAUCGAUGAACGAAGGACUCAGCAAAUCAUCUAUUGCCAAAACUUCAAGACUCAGGAAUAAAUUGUGUGAUGAUAAGUCAACCCUAAAACAAAUUGUAACCAACAGGAAUGACAAUAUAGCAAAUAAUCUAUCAAUGAAAAACAUUGGAAUGAUGAAAUCACCUACAAAUAAUACAAUUGUAACUUCGGAAUCUGAUCAUACAUAUACUAUUCCCAAAGCUGAAAACAUUUUAAAACCAAAUCCCGUUCAUGGAGAUCUAAUUGGAGAUGAGCAGCACGGGAACUAUAAAGAUUCAGCAUUUGAUAAUAGUGUAUCCUUAGGUUUUAAAAAACAGACAUCUAUGACUCCACCUUCAAGCAAUUCGGAUGACUUGAUCAAUGUUAAUUUCUCAGACGCAGAAAUAAAUGAGUGGCCCGGAUUAAAUGUUGAUAUUUAUGACAAUUUGACAAACUUUGAUCAUCUAUUAAGUCCUUCUGAUACUUUGGGAAACUUAAACACUCUAUAUGAUGAAUCAAAUGUACUUGAGCAAUUCAGAGAUGCUGGUAUCUGCUUACAUGUGAAUUCUGAAAAAGUUUCCCUGGAAUUCUGCUCAAUUUGUCACAUGAACAGUCUUCACUCAACUCAAUCAUUAUAAAAAAACAUGCCAGGAGAGUUAUUUUUGUACAAUAACCGUCAACAAUCGAACUUAUUGUUCGAGGAAACUUUGGAUUGAAUUCCAGAAUGAUCGAUUCACUUGUGCUUUCUAUGAAAAAUAAGCAGCUAGUUGAUGAGUUGAUAAAUUAAUCAUUUACUAUAUUGUUGUAUAUAAUUAUUAAUUUUUGUGACUCAGAAAAUAUGCUAGAAGAUAAGGCCAACUGUUUAUAAUAUUUAUGAAAACUCACAUUAUAUUCCAUUGAGUAUAAUUAGAUUAGUACUAGCUAUAAUUUUCCUCCGAGAGUAUAAAAAAUGUUUACUUUUCCAGAACAGUCGCUUGGCAGAGUUGACCUGGCAGUUGGAAAUUUGUACAAAGUCCUUGCAUAACAAGUUUGGACUUGUUGGAGCUGCGGUUGGACCUAUUGAGUAUUGAAUAAGUUUCAGCAUGUCCACAGGUUGAGUAUGCGUAUCGACAUGAUUCUUAUGUAUUAUUGAACAUACUUUAGUUUGUCAACAAUAAUCUGAAGAAAAAAGAUAGACUAUCAAUUCACAUUCAAAUAGUGGUGACACGAUAAGACAGACUGUGAAUAAUGACGUGGAUUUGUACUAACAGCGUUGAGAAAUAUUUCACAUUACACAAUUGGUAUCAACUUUUUUAAAUUCAGAAAGAAGUUGAUAAUUUAUGCCGUAUUUUCCAUAGCUCUGUAAGAUCUUAAUCUUUUGGUACUAAAAUUGGAUUUAAAACAACUUUCUCUAAACUGUACUUUACAUUAAACUCGUGAGUCUUUGGAGCAAAAGUGUACCAUUUUUAUUUAGAUAAAUCAAGUAUUUCAAUAUGGAAUGACUAAAGAGUUUAAAAUGUUCAAGAAUUUUAUCAUUCAUCGAUUGGUGAUUUAAGUUUCAGCUACAACCUUCUGCGAUGAUUGAAUCAAAAUGGAGCCUGCUGCAGUAUCGAGUAAUCCUUGGGCAAAAUUUAUACACAAAGAAGUCGUCUCAAAUAUUUCCAAGUUUGAUAUUUCAUUUAUGAAUUUCACCGGAAUAUAAAAGAAUCAGAUUUUUAUAACGGAUUUGCUCUUAGAUCUUUUUUGAUAUACUUUCUGGAUCAUGCUGCAAUUUUUUUAUAUGAGGCCAUCUCUUUGUUGUGAAGAUAUUGCCCAGUAAAAAUGUGAGUAAGCGUUUUUAAAGCUCUCGGAGGUUUGUUAUAGAACUAAACAUAAUUUAAGCAUAGACAUUGAAUCCUGUUAAACGAUAAAAUAAUUCAUUUCUAAGGUAUGACGUAAGUGUAGAAUGGUGUUUAUUAAAAGAUAAUCACAAUUUA